AUGGACGUCACCGACCGUCUUGCGUACCAGCGUGAUCGCAACCGGCGCAAGCAGCAGCGCCACCGCGACCGCAACAGCACCGAACGCAAGGCCCUCGAGGGUCAGAUCUACAUGCUGCAGCAGUAUAUUCGUCACUACAAGCCGCACGCUGGCACGGCACUGCCGUGGAAUGAAGUCGCGUCGGUAUUUGCUGCGGCCAGUGCUGACGCGCACUCGAUCAACGACAACUUGCGACAGCAGUGCAAGCAGCUCCGGCAACUCGGCAAUACGCUCACGACGUGGGCCAAGGCUAUGGAGCGCAGCCAGUACCCACCGGAACCGAACGAGCCGUUUCUGUGGCGCCACGUCAUGCUGGCGAGUGAUCCGACUGCCCGCAAACUCAGCCUCGACUGGUACUCGCAGCACUUGUACCACAGUACGGAGCGCAUUCUCCAGUAUGCGCAGUUUCCAACGAACUCGAUUGUUGCCGACAACCUCGAGGUUAGCUCCGGUGACGACUUGGCCGACCUCUUGCUCCGCAUGCAAUAUGACAUUGCGCUACCGUUCGAAGACGCCCACGCGCGCUUGCACACGUCGUUGGUCCACUUUAACCGGGCGAUCAACGUCGGUGUCGACGUAACGUACUUGGACGAAAAGCUGACGUGUCAAGUCGACCCGGCGCUAAGCUUUUACCGCGUCGCUAUGGGCCCUCGAGUCGACUAUUGUGUCAGUCGCUACUACACCUCGACGGACCGCAACGUGUACACGUUUGGCAACCUGCGCCACGACGAGAAAAGCAGUGCUGGUCCCAGUCAUGUGUGGCGUCCGAGAAUGUUCUGGUGCACAUUGGACCGCAUCGGGCCGCAGACGACCCGAAUUCGGCUCCUCUUUUACAACGGGCCGAUUGAGCUCAACGGACGCCGCUUGACGUGGCGCGAAGAGCUGACGACGUUUGUGCGGGAUGCGUCGUCCAAGGCGAUUGGUGAAUCCGGCGACUCGACGGCUUUCCAUCGCAAGAUCGCCGAGUCGUCGCGCGGCCACAUACAGUGGCAUGUAAACCACCUCGGCUUCAAUACGCUCCCGCACUGUCCUUGACCUUUGUACUGCAGCAUCCUUGCCUUUGGCGACCGCAUUUUGAAUGUAUUUUGUGUGCAUCCUCAA